AUGCUCCGAGCUACCAUUUUAGUUACGGCCUUGGCACACUUUGCCAGUAUCACCUUCGCUGCCGCCGCCGAAGCCUCUGCCGGUGACCGAGCCACUCCUUGCAGCAGCAUCGAGGACUGUGACUUUGACCAACAAUGCGUACAAGGCACCUGCCAUAUUGGCACGGUCUCGAUGGAUAUCUCUGCCCGUGUGGCGAAUAAAGAAUCUGCCCUCAUUUGCGACAAAGACGCUUGCCGUCUUGCCACCAACUACAUUUACAACUCUGACCUGGCGCUGAUGGCAACUACCUAUUCUCCCGCAUUUGGUCCUGGCCUUGCCGGCUCCUGGGUAGAUCAGUGGCUCAUCGAAGGCGUCGCCGGUGUUGUCAUUUACCCGCUGCUCGGCAGCGGUGGCUACGGCUGGAGGACAAACGAGGUCGCAAUACGUGCCUACUGGGCCGACGGUGGCUUCUCGUAUACGAUGGACGACCUGCCAGUUGGUCAGACGGUGACCCUCACUUGGAUGAUGCGAGACUCUCAAGGAACGUAUGUUUGCACGGCGCCGAGCACGUACGUCCUUUACGUCGAGGUUGAUAACUACCCGCGGCAGACUUUCCGCGUUACUCCGCACGCCGGCAAGAAGCGCGGGUCCUUGGAGUUUCGUGCCACUGAUGCCACCAUGAAGAUUCGGUUCUCGACUGAAAAGAAUGCCUAUGACGGCUGUGGGCCAUUCUUUACCCAUGUGCAGGCCACUGUGUAG